ACUGUGUGAAGCAGACAGUGCACUCUCAUGGGGUUAAAGGGCUGUACAGGGGCCUCAGCUCCCUCCUCUACGGCUCCAUUCCCAAAUCUGCAGUCAGGUUUGGCAUGUUCGAGUUCCUUAGCAACCAGAUGCGGGACGAGGCCGGGAAGCUGGACAGCACGCAGGGGCUGAUCUGCGGGCUGGGGGCGGGCGUGGCCGAGGCUGUCCUGGUGGUCUGCCCCAUGGAGACCGUGAAGGUAAAAUUCAUCCAUGACCAGAAUUUGGCCAAUCCUAAAUAUAGAGGCUUCUUCCAUGGGGUGAGAGAGAUUGUGCGAGCGCAAGGGAUCAGGGGGACAUAUCAGGGGAUAACGGCCACGGUGCUGAAGCAGGGCUCCAACCAGGCCAUCCGCUUCUACGUCAUGACCUCGCUGAGGAACUGGUACAAAGGCGACAACCCCAACAAGGCCAUUAACCCCUUGGUGACGGGGGUGUUUGGGGUGACCGCCGGGGCGGCCAGCGUUUUCGGAAACACCCCGCUGGACGUGAUAAAGACCAGGAUGCAGGGUCUGGAGGCUCACAAGUACAAAAACACGGUGGACUGUGCGGUCCAGAUCCUCCGGCACGAAGGACCUGCUGCCUUCUACAAGGGCACCGUGCCACGCCUGGGCCGGGUGUGCCUGGACGUCGCCAUCGUCUUCAUCAUCUACGAGGAAGUGGUGAAAGUACUCAACAAGGUCUGGAAGACCCAGUGAGGAGAAGGGGAGCAGUCAUUCGCUGAGCCAGCUGCAGCCUGUGGCCCUUUCCUCUGACAUCAUCACUGUGCGACUGAGAGGACAAGGACCCUCUAUAAACGAGAAAAAAAUGGAUGUGCCAUAGGUGCUUUUGUCACAUGUAGCGAGAUACACAAAAUUACAUAGUAUGUAAUAUAUAUAUAUAUAUAAUAUAUAAAUUAUUAUUUUAUUGAGAUCUGUAACUCUUAUGUAUAUUUGAUAGAUUUGAGGUAUUCUAUUGGCUGAAGUGACUGUGCUGUUUGGUGUCGCUGUUGUUGCUAAGCGAUGAGAGCCAGAGCAGCCAGAGUUCUAGUCCACGCUAGCCUUAUAGCCCAAAUGCAUUGUGGGUCCAAAUAAGAUUGUAUGACCAAGGAUUUCAUGGUGGGUUAACGUAUUGUGCCAAAUUUUUUUUUUGAAUGAAUGAAUUUCAUUUUAUUUUUUUAGUGUGUGUUGCCAAAGUUCUACCAGUAGUUUAAUAUAGAAAACCUAUUUUGCCAAUUCCGGUGUAGCAGAACUCUAAGCCUCCAGCCAACAGCUUUCAAGUCAUAUGAAGAAUCACAGGCUUUUACCUGAGCUCACACACUAUUCCUAAGUCAUCUUGGGUGUUCCUUUCAGAAACUACUCUAGGGAAGGUGAUUUGUGGCACAGGCAAAGCAUUGAUAUUGUCAGCCACACUUGGGUGUCCAAAAGAACACAUUCCCUCAGACUCAUUUGCAUAGUUUGUUUUUCCCCAGGGAAAUUGUUUGUAUAGAUUUCAAGAUUCAAUUAACUAUACUUGUUCAAGGAUAAUGAGAGGAGCUCAUGAGUAGUUUUUUUGGGUAUGGCUUUAGGUUCUGUUUUGGACCCGUUGCUUGAAUGUCCCACAUUGCCAGUUGAAAAUGGACCUCAGGCACAUAUUUAUUUUUAAUUAACUGCCAUCAAUCCAAACAGAAUUAAUGGAGUUGAGCCAGCAACCCUGCUCAACAUGCGAGCUAUACAGAGGAACAGACGAAUGAAGUGACUGAACAUUUUCAAAGUGAUCAACACUAAUCAUCGUUACCUGUGCUCAUUUUGGGACUGGAAGGCCAUCUCCCUGGGGAGGUUGUUGCAGUUUACAUGUUGGCGAGGUGGGGGGGGGCGGGGUUUGGGGGUUUGGUGGGGGGUGGGUGUAGUCUUGGGUUUUAUGUGGGUAGAUUUAUUUGUGUGUUCCAGACACACUAUGGGUAUGAUGUUUGCUCAUCCUGAUGAAGUGUGUUUUGUUAUGAGGAUGUUUUUCCAUCACUCUGUUUAGAGUAUAAACAAAACUUGCUGAUGAUGCAAAUUCCUUUCUGAAAAGGCUCUGCUCAGCCUCCAGAAGAGAACAUCUAUUAAGAAUGAAUACGACUAAAAUGGACUCUAUCCUCAUUUACCGACCUGAGGCCUUCGAUUUAAUUAUUUUUUUAAUUUGUUUUUUAUAAAAAUUUGUCAUUUUAAUCUUCCUCAUUUUUUAAUUUGUUAGUGUUUUGGAUUUGCUUUGCACAGGUGUCAUUCACCAUUAAUCGAAAUCCAGUAUUUAAUUAAAAUGGAAUCUCUCCUAUUUCUGUGGGCCUAAGACAGAAAACCUUAGAGAACAACGCUAUAAAAAACUGACAGUGGCAAAACCUAAGGUUGAUUUAUGGUGUUAUUGUAUUACACUGUGAGUGCUGAUUGUCUGUGUUCAUGUUCAUUGCUUUUCUCCGUCUGCGUUUAUUUUAUUGCUCUUUUUUCGAGGAUUGUGAAUUGUUCUGUGUUUCUCAAAAUCUAAAAACAAACUUGUUUAUGAACCAGUGUGAGUUUAUUUCAAUCAUGCAAAACUGAAAGAUGCAUUUUAAAGGCAUGAAUGUGUAAUUUUGCGUAAAUGUGUAAUUUUACAAGUGUUGAGAACCAUGAUUCACGCCACAUGUCUGUGUGUUUGCCCCGGCAUAGUGGGGACCUGUCUGUGUGUUUGCCCCGGCAUAGUGGGGACCUGUCUGUGUGUGUGUUUGCCCCAGCAUAGUGGGGACCUGUCUGUGUUUGCCCCAGCAUAGUGGGGACCUGUCUGUGUGUUUUCCCCAGCGUAGUGGGGACCUGCCUGUGUGUUUUCCCCAGCGUAGUGGGGUCCUGUCUGUGUGUUUGCCCCGGCAUAGUGGGGACCUAUCUGUGUGUUUUCCCCAGCAUAGUGGGGACCUGCCUGUGUGUUUUCCCCAGCGUAGUGGGGUCCUGUCUGUGUGUUUGCCCCGGCAUAGUGGGGACCUGUCUGUGUGUUUUCCCCAGCGUAGUGGGGUCCUGUCUGUGUGUUUGCCCUGGCAUAGUGGGGACCUGUCUGUGUGUGUGUUUGCCCCAGCAUAGUGGGGACCUGUCUGUGUGUUUGGCCCGGCAAAGUGAGGACCUCUCUGUGCAGUGUUGCAGUGUUGCUGCAUAAAUUCUGUGCACACUUGUGUGUGAAAUUUUCAGUGAUCUGUGUAAAUGUAUUUUUAUUGGGUUAAGUGUUGCCACAGCAGAGAUGUACAAUAAUUGAAUGCAUUAACAAGGAGGUAAUACAGCUGUUUUCGAUGAAA